GCAGAACUUCAACGAAGCCAUUUGAGUCAGCCAUAGCUUAUGGCGGUUGAAGUGGGCCCACUUUCGGAAGAGGCGCUGCGGCGCAGCGGCCUGCGCAGCCUUUUUCAGCGUCUGCCCAAGGCGGCGCUGAGCUUCCCCAAGCGACCCAAUGGCUUGCCGCUGUUGCUGAAGGAAGGCUUCUUUGAGCGACUCCUUUCCGGUCAGACAUCGCUGAACAGCUUUCCUGCCUCAGACGUCUCAGCGGCGCAGGGGGACUUGAAGCACUUGAGCUUCGAGCAGCUCCUUCUGAUUUGCCAAGGGGACCCGCCGAGUCUUGCCGGGCCUUUGGCGGCCUUCUGGGCCAGCGCCGAGUCGCUGCUCUAUGAGCGGCUGUCGGCGCGGCUGGGCAAAACCGCUGAGGAGGCGCAGCUGGUGCCGCUGAUCUACGGGGCGCUGCAGCACGUGAGCGCUUUGCCUCCGGCGGAGCACUGGCUUCUGAAGGGCGCGCUGCUCUUCCUGCCCAGCUGCGAGGUGAAGCCCUUGGAGGAAACUGCGGCCUACUGCCACAGCAACCUCAUGAAGGCCAGCAACGUCGCGAAGGAGCGGAAAAAGCUCCACUGGGAGGUGCAGCAUUGCGAGAACCCGAAGGACUUCAAGGAGCGACAAGCAGAUCGUGCAACUGGGCCGAGGCGCUCUUCCGCGAAGGGAUACCCGGCGCCGGCUCCGAAGCCAGCGGCGAAAGCGGACUCUGACGCACCCACCGAGAGCGAGUAUGAGACCGAUGAGGAGGAGCCCAAGCCUGGUAGUCGGCCGCGGGUCGUGUCCGCCGGUCUUGCGAAGGCAGCUCCAGCCCCGAAGCCAGAAGCCGGCGUGCCUCCAGCCCUGGAGCAGCUCCGGAAGGAGCUGGCAGCGGCCAAGGCCCAGGCCGCCGAUGCGGACCGCGUGCUGCAGGAGCGUGAUGCGAUGAAGGCAGAGCUGGCGAGCACAAAGGCUACGGAGGCCGCGGUGCAAGAGGAGCUGGCUCGGUUGAAAGAGGAGCUGGACAGCGCUCAAGCUUCACAGGCCGCCCUGCGAGAUGAGCUGGCGAGCGCCCAGGGAGCAGAGGCCCAAGCAGCUCAAGAUCGGGCAGCAUGCGAGGCGGCUCAGGCGGAAGUGGCAAGCUUGAAGGAGGAGCUGGCAAGCGCGAAAGACUCCGAGGUGGCGGUUCAAGCGGAAGUGUCCAAGCUGAGGGAGGAGCUCGAAAGCGCAAAAGGCGCUGAGGCGGCUCAGGCGGAAGUGGCAAGCUUGAAGGAGGAGCUGGCGAGCGCGAAAGACUCCGAGGCGGCGGCUCAAGCGGAAGUCGCCAAGCUGCGGGAAGAGCUCGAAAGCGCAAAAGCCGCUGAGGCUCAAGCUCUGCAAGAUGUGGAGGCCCUGAAGGAAGAAGCGGCAGGUGUGCAGGCACUUCAAGAGCAAGUGGCCAGCAUGAAAGCGGAGAGCGCUGCGUUGGAGGCGGCUCAAGCGGAGACGGCUCGGCUGGGCGAGGAGCUGGUCAGCGCCAAGCGCUCGGAGGCUGCGGCGCAAGAAGAGCUCGCAAAGAUCAGGGAGGAGCUGGUGGGCGCCAAACGUUCCGAGGCUCAAGCGCAUCAAGAGCUGGCAGCGAGUGAGGCGGAGAAGAAGAACGCGGAGGCGGCAGCUCAAGAGGAGCUGGCCAAACUGCGAGAGGAGCUGGAGGCUCAAAGGUCGGAGGCCCCAGCGCGUCAAGAGGCGCAGGCGCCGUCUGUGACAAGGCUAGCCACCCAGGAGGCCGUGGCAGCCGCCAACGCUGCCGCUGAGGAGGCCGACCGCUUGAACGCCGCGCUGCGAGACAGCAUGAAGGACCGCGCCGAGGCGUGA